UCGAAAAUUUGUAUUAGUAGGGUUUACACCAAUAGAAUUUUUGAGUUGGUGUCAGUGCCUUUCCAUAAUUAAAACUCUCAUAAGAAGAAGGGAUGGAUAUUCCUAUUUAAAGAAACUUCCUCCUGAACUUUGGCAGUUGUAUCUAUUUCCCUAUGACCAUGACGAUCGAGAGAGACGAGCCUUUGACGCCGGCCGGCCGGUUAUUCGUUCAGCCGGAAAUGGACCAAGUUAUCAACUGUGCCAUUUCCGUCGACGAUCCAUUCGACAUUGACGCUGUCAAAUUGGAGAUAAGCAACUCCAUAUUGGUAAAACAUCCGAGAUUCUCCAGCAUCAUGGUCAAAGACUCAAGUGGUCGUGAACGCUGGCGUAAAACUGAAGUCAACGUUGAUGACCACUUCAUUAUUCGCCGUGAACCUCUCACCGAUGAUCCUUCAAUUUCCGAUGAAGAUGCCAUUAACGAAUACUUAGCAGAUCUCUCUGUUUCGACGCCGUUAAGUUUAACCAAGCCCUUGUGGGAAUUUCACCUUCUCCUAGCCCAUAAAUGUGCCGUUUUGAGACUUCAUCAUGCUCUUGGAGAUGGGAUUUCACUUAUGUCCAUGUUCUUGUCUUGUUGCCGCAGAGCUGAUGAUCCUAAUCUACGCCCGACUAGCCAAGGUAUAGGGACUUCUACUUCGUCGAGCAAUCAUAAGAGAUUGAGCUUAAAGAAAUUGAUGAAGAUGAUAUGGUAUACGUUGGUGUAUGUCAUUGAAUUUGGUUUGAGGAGUUUAUGGUUGAAGGAUAAGAAGACAGUCAUAAGCGGCGGAGCUGGUGUUGAGCUAUGGCCGCGGAAACUGGCGACGGCCAAGUUCAAGAUUGAUGACAUGAAAACAGUCAAAAAAGCCAUAUCUAAUGCUACUAUCAACGAUGUCCUCUUUGGAAUCAUAUCUUGUGGGCUCUCUAGGUACCUGGAUUUGCGUUCUCCCAAAGCUCUGCAAGAAGGGCUUCAGAUCACUGGCAUUGCCAUGGUGAAUUUAAGAAAACAAUCUGGAUUACAGGACUUUUCCCAAUUGAUGAACAGCAAAUCGGGAGCAAGUUGGGGUAAUAAAUUUGGCAUGCUUCUAUUACCAGUUUAUUAUCACAAAGGUGGAAGUGAUGGAUUGCAGUAUGUAAGAAGAGCUAAAGCAAUGAUUGACAAGAAAAAAUUGUCACUAGAGGGCCCUUGCUCCUACAAAAUUGGAGACAUUAUUAUGUCCUAUUUCGGACCUAAGCUAGCUAGCUUGCUCAACUACAGAAUUAUUAGUAAUACAACUUUUACAAUCUCAAAUGUGAUCGGCCCUCAAGAGGAUAUCACAUUCGUAGGGAACCGCAUAUCCUCCGUUAGAGUCACUUCUACCGCCCUGCCCCAUGCAAUCACAAUGCACAUGGUAAGUUAUGCAGGGAGGGCUGACAUGCAAAUAUUGGUGGCUAAAGACAUCAUUCCUGACCCUAAAGUCCUAGCCAAGUGUUUUCAAGAUGCCUUACUGGAAAUGAAGGAAGCUGCACAAGCUGUUGGCAAAAAUUAAAAGGAUUUAACUUACACACACUAAAAGUGUAAAGAAUUUGUACACUACCAGUAUAAUUUAUCCUGUUGUAGCAGGGUGAUUGCCUUAUUUCAGCUUACUAAUUCCACUUAUUAUGGGCAGUUAUGUAUAGUUAUCUUUUAGGUGACCUGAUGGUAUAAAAAUUCUUUUGUAGAGAUAACUAAAGGAGCUGGGUUAUUUAGACUUUAGAGGUAAAGUUACAUGUAAAGAAGUUGAAUACAGAAGUUCCUUGCAUAUCUUGGCUGUUAUUGAACAAUAAAUUAAUGAGCCUUUUUCUGAAUA